UACUGCUAAAGGGUAAUCAUAACAACAGCAUCGCGCCGUCAGACUCGGUCAACAAAAACGGAACGAAGAGGAGAGCAGAGGUGGUUGUUACCUGGAAAAAAAGGCAACAGGAGCUCAGGCUGAGCGUCGGUUAGAGUUAGUGCGUUGUUUUUAAUGAACAAACACAACAGGUAUUUAGAAAAGCGGGCCGAUUUAUAAUGUUUAAAACUCUGUAAGCUGCGAAAGAAAAUGCGUUUCUUCAUCUACGCAAAGCUCCUCUGAAUUUACAAAUGGAUUCGGGAAAAGUUGCGCACAGAAGAAAGCUGGGAAGCCCUGUGAUCGGUCUGAGAGCACCCCAGAAGAGUCAGCACCUUCAGGGGGUCAGUGCUAAAAGUCUUGACCUCAGUAAGGUGAUUCGUCUUCUUGAAGAUCCUUUGACUACUAACUUGAAGGAAAGGCACCUUUUUGUCCUGAAGAAACUACUGAAGAAAAGCCAAAUUGGCUUCCUUUUAAAGGAGCUGAUGGGCAUUGCUAAAAUACUCAACAUCUGCGCCCAGAAGGCGACAGAUCAUCCUGAAUAUGUGCCCGUUCUGUGUGAAGCUCUCACGAUCUGUCGGCUUCCCUUCCUGAAGGAGAAGGCGUCUGACGAGCUGACCUACGCUCAGGACGUCACGGAGUUUCUCUCUCAGAUGGGGUGUCUGAUGAGGGUGUCCGAUGCUGAAGUGAGGCGGCACGUGGUUGAAUGUGUGAAAUCGUUCUACGGCUCCGUGGCUCCCAAACAGAUGCUCGAUGGUACGGACGGUACCAAACGAAAGCCUCGGACUUUCCCCUCUAACAACCGAUUUUCUAGACUUUCCCUAAGCCUCCAGCCAACCUCUCCAGGCUACAGGCUGCAGCUGCUGGAGCGCAGUGAGCUGGCUCAGACACUUCUCCUCUCCAUGGCCACUCUGGAGAACCAGCCCACCAUCAAACUGCAGCUCCUUCAGACCCUUCAGAUCCUCUCCAGUGCCUCCGAUAUGAACUGUUCUUCCAUUCUGCUCGCACGGGGAGCAGAGACAGUAUGUCUCCACAUGAACGAACCCGACCCCACCGGCCAGGUCCUGUUCCGCUCCUCCGAGAUCCUCUGGAACCUGCUGGAGAGAGGCGACGAGGAGGAGGUCGCCGCUCAGCUCGGCAGCCUGGAGUGUGUCCUCUCCCUGAAAGAAGCGUUUUCCCACCUGCUGCUCUCCGGCUGUGGACACUCAGACCUCCAGCUCAGAAACGAUCUGCUCGUGAUCACCACUCUCGUCGCAGAAAGUCCAGACUCUCAGCUUAUUGAGAGUUUCUUUGCCAAACAGCUCGUGGCUUUCAGCACAUUUCCAGAGCUGAAAAUUCACAACCCUUUGGUCCACAACCUGAAGCUCUCCUACAGUAAGGAAGACCUGAAAAUGAAGAAGCUGCUGCUGAAUCUGCUGGUUAUUAUGUCGCGGGACUUGGCCGCCCUGCAGCUUUAUAGAGAAGAACGAGUCAUGUUGGCUCUGCUGACGCUCAUGAAGCCGCCUGACGCCUCCUCGCCUGAGCUCCAGUCGGGGUCGCGUCCGUGGUCCGCUGCGCAGAGUGAGGAGCUCCAGCUGCAGGCGCUGGCCACGCUCGCCACCGUUGCUCCUCUCAUGCUGGACGAGUACAUGUCCUGUGAGGGAAACACCUGUCUGCUGCUCCUGCUGGACUGGUGCAGCGGGCAAGAUUCUUACUUUGGCCACGGUCACAGCGUCCACGCCGCCGGAGGCAGAGGCAGCAAGAAGGCUCAGAUGCGGCACUGCAUCCGAGUGUUGAGGUCAAUGACAUCUCUGGGUGAAGAGACUAUAAAUCAGGACCUUUGUGAUCAGGGAACCAUCAACCAGCUUCUGGGAAUCUUGAUGCAGAUGGAAGCGGGUCCUGAUGAUGAUGAUGAUGUCAUCGCUGUGGAGAUAAAGUCAGACAUUCAAGUGAUCCUUUCAACGCUGUGUGAGACCGACAUGCACAGAAAGGAACUGUUCGGCUCCGAGGGAGUCGAGAUGGCAGUUCACUUCCUGAGAAAAGGCUCGGACAAGUUCUACAGCGGCCUCGGACACAACAAGCUCCUCCUCUCCACAGUGGACUGUGUGUGGUCCUGUAUUGUGGGCUGCUACACCACAGAAGAUUACUUUCUGGUUAAAGAUGGGGUGUUUCAUCUCCUCGACUUACUCAGUACUAGCCCCAGGUGUGUACACGGCAUCGUCCUCGCCACCCUGCUAGAGUUAUGCGACAACCCGAACACCGUAUCCCAUAUCCUGACCUGGAGGAACGGCAACGGACAGACGGCUCCCAGACUCCUGCUGCAGCUGUGGAGGGAGGAAGAGGAGGAGCUGGGCGUUCAUCGGAACAAACACGGAGGCAUCACAGAUCCUCAGAGGCCCGUCCUGACACAUUUCCAGCCUGAUGACCCUCAGCCUUCAUUUCCUGCCAACCUGCCGAGCGCUGCAGUGCUGGAGAUGUCAGAGAACCUGCGGUCAAAGAUUUACUCCAUCUUCUGCAAACUUGGCUUUCAGGAGCUUCCUGGAUUGUUGGCCAAAGAUUAUGUGACUCUGACCAUCAUCAGGAGAUAUCUAGACUUGAAGGUCGGUGAGGUGUGGGCCGAGAUCAGCAGGGAACUGAGCGUGGACGGCGUGAGGCCAGUUAGCCCCGACCGGGAGGCUCUGAGCAACAUCUGUAAGACUGCAGAGGACACCGCAAGAAGGCUCAUGGAGGAACAAAACAGCAUCCUGGGGCACCAUCAGGAGGAGGACGUCAGCGAGGAGGAGCUCACAUACACAGAGAUGAAGUCUCGCUGGAAGCAAAAGGAGUUCAUUGCCAAAUCAUGGGAAGAUUACGUUUCCAGGACUUCAAACUAUGAGACCUUAAAGGAAGUAAAAGCACAGAGGGAAAAGGACGCUGAAUCAUCCAGAGCUAAACCAAAGGACGAGGGCGCUGCUCUUCAUCCUGCAGAGCAUUUCAUCGGGCACGUGAUUGCAGUAGAGAGCACAGGCGCUCAGGGUCCCGCAGGAGUGAAGGUGACCCUGGUCAGAGCUCCAGUCAGGGCCACGGGUCAGGACAGAGGGCCGCCAACACGUCCAAACCCAGACGCCGCCAGCACCGGAUCAUCCAGAGACUGACGGGACCAAAGACGCUGGUUUAAUGCAAGCUGUUUACACUGUUAUUGUAACGGCAUUUUAUUUUCUUUAUUGUGCUGUGAAUCCAUAAAUCUAAACUCUGUGUAAGAGCGCAUUAAUGUGUUUUAUAUGUGUAGAGUAGAGAGACCAGGACCCAGUUGCUGGAUGUAGUUUGAAGUUUGAAAAAGUGAGUUUUAAUAGCUUAAAAUUUCAAAAUAACCAAAGCAAGAAUAUGGAACUUUUUUUUUUUUUUUACAAAUAAAAUAAAUAAGAAAUAAAUC